CCCACAGAACGAAGAGGUCGUAUGGACGUAAUUGAUGAUUUCCGUUACCAAUUAUUAGCGAUUUCAGUUUAAGUAGUCGGUGUCGCAGUCAUAUCGUAUACUUUGACUGCUUUAGUGUGCUGACAAAUAAAAAUCCAAUUUUUGAUUGAUUUUUCAGUUUUUAUCCAUUGAUCGAUUACAACACCACUGUAGUACCAAACGACGGGAUCGGUAUCAUAAGCCAAAGUGAAGAGUUACUCCAACAACCGAAUUUGUGAAAUCCUGUUAUCAACCAGGUAAAUGAUCUACCGCGUAAUAUUAUUAUUUUCCUAUAGUUAAAAGUGGAUCCAACUUGCUUUCGGUAAUUGCGUUAUAUUGUUUUAAAAUCGAUCUUCAUAGUAGUUAAAACAGAUAAGUACAAAAAUAUUUGUAUUUCUGUGGUCAUAAAUUAAAAUCGCUUUCGUCAAUAAUCAAAUAUUAAAUCGCAAUUUUCAUUUCCGGUUGUAAUUUAGAUCAUGCAAUAUAGGCGUUGUUGUUCUCAUCGACGACCGCGCUACCCCCGGAGGGCACCACUGUCGAGCUUUGCGUGCCAUUUAGGGUGUGGCAGCCUCUCUGUAAAUCUAAUCCCGUCCAAGCUGUAUAUUAUUAUAUUGCCACCGAAUGUCGAUUUAAGUUUGCUGUUGACGUCAAUCUUAAUUUGAUUAAAAAUACGUUCCAUAAUACUUUAAACUAAUUUAUUGAAAUAUGAAAUUGUAAUUAGAAAUAAUUUAAUAAUAUUUUUUUGAAUGAGGUUGGAAAUUACUACAAACAUUAAAAAUGCGUAAUUAAUGGUAUAUUAUUUUAAAAUUAAUUUAUACAAUUUGGCAACGUCUCUUGAUGAUUUUUCAAGGGGUAUAUUUUCCUUAAUCACCGUCAAAUUCAUAUUGAUAAGCAUUCGUAUUUUACAAUUUUAAUUGGAUAUCUGGUUAGAUAUUAAAUAAAUCAAAAUUAUACAAAUUAAUAACAUAUCUAAUACUGCAAUAGUUUGUUUAAAAUUUGUUUUGUUGCUUUUUGAAAUUUUAAUUUUAAACAAUCACAUCUUGUAAUAUGUUUAAUAUUUAUAUCGAAUUCAAUUAAGUACUAUUAAAUAAUAUAAAUUUAUUUACAUUUCAUAAUUUACUUAUUUUAAUUUGUAUAAUAAUUAAAACAGUAUAUCUACUAUGUAUAUAUAGAGAGAACACAGUACUUAUAUAAGUAGUAGGUAAAUUACUAUAUUUAAUUCGUAAUUGUUCAGUAUGUACACUUAAUUGACGCGCUAUCUACAAUGUAAAAUCUAUUGCAGUCUGUCAAAAAAAAAAAAAAAAAUGAAGCACAAACAAAUAGACCUUUUCUUUCGUUAAUAAAGACUAUUAUUUUAAUUUUGAUAUUAUCUCAUAUACUGUGUUUUAUUUUACAGUCACAAAAUGAACACAUUAGAAAUUAGAGGAAUAUUAACUUAUUAUUUAACAACUUUUUUAUUAUGGAUACUAACAAGGAUAAAAGAAGAUUUCGAUUUUGCCAAUAAUAGUUGGACAGAAAUAAUGACAACCGUGGUGUUAUAUUUGACUGGUUUAUUAUCUGUGUACAUGCUGGUAGAAAAUAAUUUUUUUGCAAAGGAAUUCGUUGAAGCUUUAGAACUCAAUUUUCAGAACAUAAAUGUUUACUUUCCUUUUACAAAAGUAAGAAUUUAUUAAUCAAUGUUUGUACACAACUUUAUCAUUAUGGAUACUAAUGAUAAAACAAGAUUUCGAUUUUGCCAAUGGUAGUUGGAUAGAUAUAAUUACAACCGUGGUGUUAUAUUUGAUUGGUUUAUUAGCUAUGUACAUGCUGGUAACAAAUAAUUUUUUUGCAAAGGAAUUCGUUGAAGCUUUAGAACUCAAUUUUCGGAACAUAAAUGUUGACUUUCCUUUUACAAAAGUAAGAAUUUAUUAAUCAAUGUUUGUAUAGAAUAUAAUAAAUAUUUAAAAUUAGUAUUAGAAAGUUACCAUAGUAUACACAAUGAAAUAAAACAAUAAUAUCUUAAAUGUAUACAAACUGACUUCAAAAAUGAUAUUCCAUUUACGUAUAUUUAUACACAAACUAUAAAACAAUUAUUAUUCAUAUUAGUAAUAGUGAUAAAAAUAUUUAAUCUGUUUAUUGGUGAUACUAUUGUUUUUUUUUUUUACCAAUUCUAUUUAACUAUUCAACUGUUAAUUUUUUUCAUAUACGUGCCAUUUAAAAGUGAGAUUAGUUGUUUAAACAUUUUUUUUUGUUUUGUUUAUUUUUAAAUUUAUAAAUGUAAACAUUGUAAACCAUUGCACGAUGUUUAAUCGGUAACCUGAUGAUGGUGUAAAUCCGAAAUUUAGUUGUUACAAAAUUAUUUUUUUACACUUCUAAAUCAUAUUUAAAGUUUUAUUUUCCUAUAAUAUACAAGAAAUGAUACAUAAUUUAAAAUCUUAAUAUUAUUUGUUAAUAUAAAUUGAUAUUAAUUAAAGUUUUCGCUUUCAGGAGCCAUCCGAUGAAAUUCCUGAAUCAAAGUCAAAAAAGGCCGGGGGGGCCGAAAAUCAUAAUACGGAGAUUCAACAAACUGACGGCUGAUCGAUGAUAACCGAUGACUAAAUAUAUUUAGAAAAAAAAAUAACAAUAGCUUUAAUCUGGAAUUAGGGAUUUUAGAUAUUUGCAUUUUUCUGCUGGUGCAUUAAAACGAUGCUACAUUAGCUACAAAUUCAAUUUAUAUACUAUAUUUAGAAUGAAACGCACACAAUUUUUUUUUGCUUCAUAAGUGAUUUUGUUUCCAAAUGCUUCAUUAUUAUCAAUAAAAC